GAACUUAGACCGACAUUUGUGAGACACAAAUACCACUCAAAAGAGCAAAACGGGUCAUUCCAGGCCGUUCCAGGACCUCUUCCGCUCGGAUUCGAUCCACACCUCAAGCCUCCAGGAAUCGAUCCAGAGCCUGCCGGCUGCCGCACGGAGGGAUUCAGCGAGAGGCGGCCGGGCGGCGGAAGCGGAGGCGGCCAGGCGGUGCGAGCCUGGCCGCGACGGCAGCCUGGCAGAUUCGGCUCCCCGGCAGCAGCUCUCCACUCCGGUAGCUACCUUCUCACCGGCCUUGAUUGAAUCCAGGCGUGCCGAACGAGGCCUAAAUAGGUGCCUUCUACGAACUCGUCUCUCCCCCCGACGAAGCAUCCUCGUCACCGUCAGUGCCGGCGAUGCAGCGGCACGGCGCCUCCGGCCGGCCUUCGGGCACGGACGGCUCUGACUUCUCCUACCGCAUGGUCGUCGAAUCCCGGUACCAGAGGGUUGCCGAGUGCAGAUCCCGCCUCGCGCGCCUCAUCCUCGUGCAGGCACUGCACCAGGUAGCUGGGGGCGCCUUGCUGCUGCUAUCCUUGUCCAAGGGGAAGGAAGUGAACAAGUUCGCCAUGCUGUCCGCGGCUGCGGGACUGCUGGCUAUAGUGGUGGGCGAAUUAGGACGAAAGCGGACUAUGGCAGUGCUGCUUCGGCUUUACACAAGCUUGUCAUCAAUUACUGUUGCAUUCUCUAUGACGUGCAUCAUCCGCUCAGAAUUGUUCUCAAAGGUUAUGAAGCAAAACACAGAAGCCAUCACAAGCUAUGAACUGUUUGAUGCUGUUCGAGUUGCUCUUGGUAUCCUGCUUCAAAUGGUGGUUGUAGCGACAACUACCAGACUUCUGCAGAACAUGUCUCCUCCCAAGAGAGCUUCAUGAAUGUUAAUGACAUUGUAGCUAUGUGCUUGACCAUUAGAAAUGAUUCAAAACUUCGAGUUAAAUAUCUAUCAAGUUCUAUAGACUUGUAACGAGGAAGCUGGUGGACAACCUUCUCAGCAAUCAUGAGUUGCUUGUGUCAUCUUUUGUGUUAUCCUUUUACUUCUUCCCUUUAUCUGAAUCUGGAAAAUUCGGAGUGAUCAAUGCACUUUGCAAGCAAAAAAGGCUAAUGAAACAAUUUCUGUCGAUCAUC